AUGUCAGAACUUUCUAAAUUUGAUACAUUUAAUCUAUCUAAUGAAUUUCAAGAAUCAACUAAAAUCAAUAAUGAUAAUGAUCCAUUAUCUUCAUCAUCUCAAUUACCACCAAAACAAAAUAAAGAUUAUUGUAAAUUUCGUUUAUCAAUAAAAUUAAUUCAAGACAUAUAUGUAUUUCCAGAAGAUGAAAAUUCCAAGAGAGAAUUCUAUGAUACUAUAUCAACUGAUUUAAUUAAAGUAAAUGGGAAAAAUAAAUCACCAGGUCAAAGAAAUUUAAAAUUAAAUUCUUCUUCUUCUUCUUUAAAUAAAUUAAAUAUUGGUACAAAUUUAUUAGAAUUAGGAAAUCAAAGUUGUUUAUUUAAUGAUGAAUAUAAUGGGAAUUUGUUAUUUUAUGUUUCAAAAUAUUUUGAAAUUUUUAAAACUUAUAUUGGUCUAUUGAAUAUUUCAAAUUUAGAAACAAUUAAAAUGUUAAAAUUAAUCUUUUUAGUAUUUUUUAAUUAUUUAGAAGAUAGUGAAUUUGCUUCUCAAAUAAAUAAUUUAAGAACUCAUCAACAACAAAUUAAAACUAAUUUUGAAAAAAAAUGGAUUAGAGAUAAUUUAAAAAUUUAUAUUAUUGAAAUUUUUAAUAUUUUUUUUAAAAAUUAUUCAUUAGCUUUUGAAUUUUUUAAAAAGGGUCAAAUUAAAUGUUGUAAAAAUAAUUGGAAAUUUAUUGAAAAUUUAAUUAACUUGGUGAUGAUUAAUUAUUCAAGAAUCAAAGAUUAUAAAUUUAAUGAAAUUGGUUUGAAUUUAGAUCCAAAAUUAGCAAUUAUAAAUCAUAGUUGUGUACCAAAUGUUUUUCAAAUAGAAUAUGAAUUUAAAAAAUUUAGAGUACUUAAUACAUUACCAUUAAAACCAGGUGAUGAAUUAUUUGUUAGUUAUCUUCCUAAUUGUGGUAUUCCUCAAGAAAUUAGAAAUUAUCAAUUAAAUUUAAAUUAUUAUUUUAAAUGUUCUUGUACAUUAUGUAAAUCUAAAAAUGAUUUAUUUUUCACCAUGCAAUGUAAUGAAUGUUUUAAAAAUAUAAAAUCACCACGUUUAACAUUAGUUUUAUCUAGUGCAAAUAAUUUAUUAAUUGAAUCUUCAUGUUCAAAAUGUUUUCAUCCAUUUGAUAUUGAAAUUUAUACAAGACAAAUUUUAAUUAGAAAUUUUUUUAUGGCUUUAAUGUUAAGAAAUUCAAAACUGAAUUAUAAUUUUAAUGAUGAUGGAUAUUUUACAAUGUUACAAAAGGAAUUUAGUACAAUGGUUGAAAAUAAUUCUGUAAGUUAUUUAAUUAAACAAUUAUCUGAAUCAAUUGAUAAAUUUGAAAUCCCUACGGAAAGAAUUCCUUUUGUUAAAGGAUUAAUUGAUGAAGUUAUGGCUGGAAAAGUGUUUGCUUUAUAUACAUUCCCAUUCAAUAUAAUUGUUGAAAAAAUUAGUAAACAAUGUUGUGAAUUUAAAAAUUUUGAUUCAGGAAUGGAAUAUUUAAAGUAUUAUUCAAGAUUACUUUUUGCUGUAAAAUUACCUUCAGAUAUUUCAAAUCAACUAUUUUUUAAUCAAUGUUUGUACCUUGAUAUGGCUGAAAAUAUUGAAAAAUUAAUGCAAAGAUUAUAUGAUGAAAAAAUUGAUACAUUUUUUGGAACUUUUAAAGAAUCAAUGGAAUUAUUAGCUAGAUGUCAAUUUUUUUUCUUAAAACAUGUCAAAAGUCCAUUUGAAUCAGUUAAAGUGGAAAACAAAUUAAUAAAAUUAUGUGAAUUAUACCAACCUAUUAAAUCAACAAAAUCUAUUCAUUCAUGUUUGGAACAAUUGUUUAUCUAUGCUAAUGCUAAUAUUUUCAUCACCAAAACCAGAUUUUUAAUCUUUAAUGCUAAACAAGAACAAGUUACAUUAUUCCAUACUUUUGAUACAGAUGAUCAAUUAUAA